GGCUUCUACUGUGGUAGCUCGGUUGCAAUUCUGACGAUUCUAACCCGACGGUAAAUGAUGGUGAUGACGGCAAAGAGUACUACUGCACAUGGAAUAUCAAAGCAACACCACUACAUUAGUAGUCACCACCGUGUACGGACUUAACUACACGCCACGCACUCCAGCGCGGACGGAGCGCCGACCCCUCGUCUCAUCCUAAUAAACCCUCCCCUGAGAGUCAAUUGAUCGACAUCCCGAAUCCUCGAUAUCCCGCAUCUCCCACCCACCAUGGCCUCUGCGAAACGAGGCCCCUCGGUCCUGGUGACAGAUUCCCGCGAGCGCCCCGCAUCCCGAGCAGGUCCUCAACGAGGUGUGGCCGGCCCCGCGCGCCUGAGCACCCGCCUCGUAUCCGUCGACAAUGUGCUGCAGUAUUCGUCUGACAUACCCUCGGGCCAGCCUAGGGGGAAUCCAGCCCAUCAUCGCCCGGUACGCGCCAUGGCCAUGCGUCGCACAAGCCAAGGCGGCGGUCUGCCGACUCUCGCGUCCGCCCGGACUGGCCAGCAGAUUGUCCCCACACGGACGACCAAAAUCAGCGAAAAGCUGGUGCUGUUGCCCGAAGCGCCCGGCGCUGGGGAUGAGGAAGGCGAGAGCGACGACGAGCUAGCGAGGGGGGCGUCGAUAUUGCGGGGCGAGGACGAGAGCCGGCCGCUGAAUGACGAGGAGCUGGACGUGCUGAGGAAAAGAGGGGGCAUCCGUGGAAAGAGCUACGCAGAGCGUCUGCCAAAAGUACAGCGCGGAGAAAAGGUGUCUCGCCUGACGGCUUACUGCACAGCCCAGGCCUACAAGAUCAAGGCGACCGCCGACUUCGUAAAGACAAAGCACGAGGCCAAGACAAAGAUAUACGACGAUUGUCUCUAUGCAGGAUACCACCUGCCGCUACUGCCGGGCGUCGACGGAUACCGGCUGAGGAGCCGCCCGAUAUUGAAGACGCCGGGGACAGGCAAGACGGUGUUGGACCUCGAGAUUGAGCGCAGCGAGCGAAGAGACGAGCACGAGGGCUUUUGGGACGAGUACUCGUACGGUUCGCAGGGGCUGGGGGGCAGCCCAAACACUGCGCCGCUGUUGCAGCAAGUGACUAGCGCCCCGGACGCCCUCGAGCACUCGCCUUCCACCGACGCCGUCGCCGAUGCAGCUCGUGUGACCGUCAACCCGAUCAACCAGCUCGUCCCCGAUGCGAAGCACUUUGGCGAGAUGUUUGUCUUUUCGUACGGAGUGGUCGUCUUUUGGAACUUCACCGAGCACCAGGAGAAGGACCUUCUGGCGGACCUGACCUUUGCCGAGAACGAAACCGGCGUCUCCCUAGCUACGCGGGCGCUAGAUGAGGAUGACUUCGAGACCGAGGAAUUCCACUUUGAAUACAGCGCCGACGUCAAACGCCCGCGCGUCUUCAACGACAUGAUCACACUCCUCCCCCGGUCAGACCACAUGGUCAAACUCGCCAUCAGCCACGCCAUCGCGCAGAGCACCAAGCUCUGCUUCUUUGAGGAGCGCAUGUCCGAGACCAUGCUCGACGCGCAGCACGUUCCCAAACGCCUCGCCCUCACGGGCGAAUUGAACCUGACGCGCACCGAGAUCGUCAAGAUCCUCGGCCGCCUUUUCAAGAGCCGCGUCGACAUCAACCUGUCGUCCAACAUCCUUGACGUGCCCAAUUUCUUCUGGGACUCGGAGCCGACGCUGCACCCGCUCUACGUCGCCGUCCGCGAGUACCUCGAGAUCGACCCGCGCAUCAAGGUGCUCAACGAGCGCUGCCGCGUGUUCCUGGACCUGGCCGACAUCUUGGCCGACAGCGUCGCCGACGCAAAGAUGAGCCACAUCACCUGGAUCAUCAUCAUCCUCAUCGUUAUCAGUAUUAUUGUUACGGUAACCGAGGUCGGGCUGAGGUUCGGCAUGCUGUCGCGCGGGAAGGGGCAGCAGAAUAUUAUCAAGGAAGGAGGCUUCGUCAGUGUGGAGAGGCCUGGGGGGGAUGUGGUCGUUGUUGGUGGCGGUGGUGGUGGUGGGGGGGACGGGAACGGGGACGGGGAUGAUGAUGGGCGGCUUGUUGACUUGAGGAGGUGGAUGAGGGAGUCGAAUGUGUCGGCUGCGGAGUUGAGGUUGUGGAGCCGGGCGCUGAGCGAGCGGGAAAGGGCGGCCGUGUGUGGCGGAGAGCUCGUGGGCGAAACGUUUGCCGGCGUGUGAUGGUAUGUAACUGGAAGCGUGAAAGUGGGAUACCAGAUGCUUAUGGACGGCAAUCUCUAAUCCUGAUGAGGUGGCACUGUACACAGCGAAGCGUUUCUAAAUUCGGGUUGUUGCUUUUUGUCUAACUGGAGAACCAUCCUGAUUCUAUGUGCGCAGGGAAAUAAAUCGUAGCCGGCAGGCUAUAGUAGGAAAAGAGAUGUGGUUUG